GGCACCGGGCUCCAGUGGCGGGCGGGGGAACGAAGGGCUGGCGCGGUCGGGUGCCCUGCCUCCGCCAUGGGCGUGCAGCCCCCCAACUUUUCGUGGGUGCUCCCGGGCCGGCUGGCCGGGCUGGCACUGCCGCGGCUGCCCGCGCACUACCAGUUCCUGCUGGACCAGGGCGUGCAGCACCUGGUGUCCCUGACGGAGCGCGGGCCCCCGCACAGCGACAGCUGCCCGGGCCUCACGCUGCACCGGCUGCGCAUCCCGGACUUCUGUCCGCCGGCCCCCGAGCAGAUCGACCGCUUCGUGCGAAUAGUGGACGAGGCCAACGCGCGCGGGGAGGCCGUGGGAGUGCACUGUGCCCUGGGCUUUGGCCGCACGGGCACCAUGCUGGCCUGUUACCUGGUGAAGGAGCGGGGCCUGGCCCCCGGAGAUGCCAUUGCUGAAAUCCGGCGCCUUCGACCCGGCUCCAUCGAGACCUACGAGCAGGAGAAAGCUGUCUUCCAGUUCUACCAGCGGACUAAAUAAGGGCCCAGCGCCUGUCUGCCAGGCCCACGCCCUGACCGUGUGUUCGGUGGAGCCGGACGCACUGACAUGCACUGAGAGCGCUAGGCCCUCCCGCUGGCUCGAGGGACUGAAUGGCCAUUCAGGGCAGGCAGGCCCUGACCAAAGAGAUGGCGGGAGCUGCACUGCUGUGGGGGUCUCACCCCUGCUUCCCCGAAUAAAUAACUUCUAAGAGCCAGUUCAUGGUGCACAGCA